CGUUCAAAACGGAUUAGGGUUAGAAAAAAGAGAGCAAAGCGAAGGGGACGAUGGUGCAGAAGACGCGGCGGGGCGCUGGGCGCUGCUGCCCCUUUUUACGCUGUUAGUUUGCACGGUGCCGUAUUAUUAUUAUUAUUACUAUUAUUAUUGACAUUAUUGCAAGCGUUACUGCGGGCAGCGCAGACACCCGCCCGUCCCGGCCAGACACUUGUCAUUGUUCCCCCGAAACCCAAUCCGGCUGACAAAAAAGGAAAUGUUGGGGUUAAUUUGCAUUGUGCGCGUUAUUUAGACAGCCUGCUUAAUUCGCACCAGGCGUCUCCAUGAGAAAAUGAGCGCGCCUGCCGACAUGUCAGUGCGCUGAAGAAAGCAAAGGGUGCUUAAGGUGGAACCUCUGCCUCUCAGGCUGUUAUCAAAUUGAAUGGACAAUACGGGGGUGUAUACUUUGCUGGAGAGCUGUUGGAUUCGUUGGAUGUAUUUCGGCUUUCUUCCCGAAGUUUUCCAAUGACCUACCAUUCCUCUGACUCCACGGAAUCCAUCGAGAAUCAAAGGAGAUCUGAGACCGGAUCCCGGGCGCUAGAUUCCGAUCAGAACCGCGUCGCCGCAGCUAUGAGGGAGCUGAAAAAGACAGGCUGGUACUGGGGUAGCCUCACUGCCAACGAAGCCAAAAAGAUCCUUCAGGACGCAUCGGAAGGUACCUUCCUGGUGCGUGACAGCUCCCAGCAGGACUACCUGUUCACCAUCUCUGCCAUGACUUCCGCGGGGCCCACCAACUUGCGCAUAGAGUACAAGGAUGGGAAGUUCAAGCUGGACUCAGUCGUGCUGGUGAAACCGAAGCUGAAGCAGUUCGACAGUGUGGUGCACCUUGUGGAACACUAUGUUCUCCUGUCCAGGACUUCCUGGAAGGGGUGCGGUAGCGAGCCCCUGGUUCCACCCAAUGGCACGGUGCAGCUACUCCUGACGCAUCCCGUUUAUGCGACCUUGCCCUCACUACAGCACCUCUGUCGCAUCUCCAUCAACAAAGCCACCAGGCAGGUCCAGGAACUUCCCCUGCCCAAUCGGCUGAAGGACUAUUUGAGGGACUACGUCUAUCAUGUGUGAUUGGAGAGAUCACAUGACAGACGGCAUCUUCUGAGAUGUGGCUGUGUAACUUUGUGUAUAUGACAGUUUUAUGUCUUAUUUUGUAGGGUUUUUUGUACUGUGAUCAAAUAAGGAAAAAAAUCUAAAUUGAUUUUAUGAGAUGCAAGUGUAUAUGAACCAGAAGCAAUAUUGAGAAGUCACAGCUCAAUAUCUGUGUCUGUUAUACUGUUUAUUUUGAAAGCCAUUUCCAAUCCAGUGUGUGUCUCAUACUCUCACUGAUCUGAGAUACAUCACACUUGCACCUUUUUCUACUGCCUUUCUGAAUAUAUAUCCAGCAAACCUUACAUUUAUCUCAAUUUUCCUGAAAAGAAGUUUAAGUGUCUGACUUGAAUAUGAACAGAUGUGUUUUAAACUGUAUCACAUCACAUAGCGGAAGAUACUACACAUCAAGUUAUUUUUAUUUUUUUUAUCCAAGUACUGGAUAUUAAAGUCAUUAAUUAUAAACACCAACUUGAAUUUAUUUCAAUCCGCGAUUGGGUGUAUUUAUUUUUGAUGUCGGUUUAGAAAUAUUGUAAAGAAUAGAGUAAUGCAUGUUUUAAUAUUGUAGAGUAAAGUAAUCCUAUUGUGGAUGCAUAUAAUUUCUUUCUAAUUUUGGUUUGUGAAUAUCCUUUUUUAAUUUAAACCUUUUUAAUGCCGUCCAUGGAUUCAUAAUUCUUAACGUUUGCAAACUACAAAAACAAAUGAAUCCAGGCACAGACAUGCAGCCGGUAACACCGUUUGUAAUUCAGAAAGCAAUCGUUUACGAAAAAAAUGUGAGAAAUAAAAUGACUUUCAGUACCAUCAU